AGGAACAAGGAUCUUACGUCUGUGCAACCACUCAAAGCUCUAAACUGAAGGACAAUCAUCCAAUGUCGUCCAUGAGUAUAUAUAGAAAGUAGAAACCCUAAACAUAGUGAUCAAAACCUUGUAUAUAAACCUUAUAAAUACAGAAAAUUAGCAGAAAAAAAUUUAUUUAAAAAGAAAAAAAGAAAACAUCAAUGUCCCAAAAAACGAGUGUAGCAGUCCUCAACGAGUCGACCGUUAACGACUUCGUCCAAGACUCCGACGCCUUUGAGAAAUGCGUUGACGAGCAGUUCAAAAUGUUCGAUUCUAAGGGCAUCGGGGCGGUGUCCCGAGCGGACAUCCGCAGAGGAUAUGGGAGGUUGAUGGCGUUGGAGUAUGAGAAGCAGUCGGAGGAAGAAAUCAACAGUCUGAACGACAGCAUUUUCGAAAGGUUUGAUGAGGAGAGGAAUGGAACGUUGAGCCGGGAGCAGUUCAGGAGGUUUAUGAAGGAGUUGAUGCUGGCCAUGGCCCGGAGCUUCGGGGAUGUGCCGGUUCAGGUGGCUCUUGAGCAUGACAGUAUGCUUAUGAAGGCUGUUGAACAUGAGCUGUCGAGAGGGUGAGUAUGGGGCGGGGAGAUUUAAGGUUUAUGAAUGGAAAAUAAGAGAAAAUGCGUGGGAAUUUUCUUUGCUAGAUGUCUGUUUUGAUGUAUGUGGUGUUCCUGCAUU